AUGCCUGUCUUGGCCCGCUAUGACGAGUCCAAAGACGACUUGGUCUCUUCAAGGCCUUCAGGACUCCAGCGAUAUGAGGAAACAUCAAGUGAAAGUGCUGGCCAUGAUCAAGAAGAGUCUGAUCAAUCGUCGGGUGAGUCUACGACUAGCGAUGGGGAACCCAAGACUUCCGAAGUAGAUUUGAGUAUCAAUGGUCUUCACUCUCUACAUGCUUUGGAUGAAGCAUCAGAUAAUGAAGAAACUGCUGAAAUCUCCGCCUUGCGAAUGUCAGUGUCGCAUCCCAUUUGGAGUGCUGCAUCGGGCCUGCUCGGCAUUUUGGAAGUUGCCAAAACAAUCGCAAGAUGCAUUUUUGUGGAGUAUUCAGUGUGGGAAAGGAAGAAAAGAACCCGAGCCGAUGAAGCUUUGAAGGAAGACUUGAUGAUUAAGCUCAUUGAUCGUAUGUUGCUUGGGGGCACACAACAGGUUUUAGACAUGGAUCCCUCAGCUUUGCCCCUCCGUGAACUCCCACCUGGGAAUGUAGCCAGCCUCUAUUUGAUGUAUUUGGCAUACUGCAAACCUGCCGGUCAAGAUUUCCAGGAGCACUCCCGACUAUGCAAAGCCCUACUUGACCAUUACCAUGGACAGUGGUUGGACCGUCGUGUCUAUUGGGCUGCCAGAAACAGGUCCAUCUACGAUCGGGACCUGGUGCAUCUUUGGUUCUCACAGCUGUUCUCGCCCAUGGAUAUGGCUGCUUUAUGUACUUGGCCUUGGAGGGCAUGGAACAUUGAAACACCACGAGACUUGCAGCGAUUGAUUUCCGACCGUGUUGCUCCAAUCUUCACGAAGAAGAACUUGGAUUUUGACAUUUCCAUUGUUGAUGUGGGGCUUCAGGUCAGUGAUCGCUUGCCACGCUCAAUGCAGACUGAUGACAUGGAGACUCAAGACAAUGAUGUUUUUGCAAUGAUGAAGGAAUCUAUGUCUGACAGUGGUCUAUGUCAGGACCCAUUGUUGGUGAUGCCUGGUGGGCUUUUGCGUGAGUCAUCUAGCUGUUUGUUGACUGCGAACAGUAGUGACUGUCCUCUCGUUACUGGGGUGAUUGAUGCUGAUCGACUUACAGAGCUACGGGCAAUUCAAAGGGCCCUUCAAAAAGAUUUUCCUCACAUGCGCAGGGCAGUGACCUUUUAUGAUACUUUGUUGGCUGGGGGUGGUGAAAAUUUGCAGAGUGUGCCCAAGCUUACCUUUCUUGAGCAUGCUCAUAGGCAAAUCCUCCAACCUGACGCUCCACAGUUUGGUGCACAGCCCAAAGGGCCAAAGCCCCACGAGUUGCAGGUGGUUUUUCAUCGUUCCAGGGUUUGGCCCGUGAUGUCGGAUGAAGAAACGACAGCUCCACAUGACCCCAUCGACGCAAUAAAGACGUACUUCAAAGUUGCAAUCAAUGACUUGGUGCUGGAUGGAGCCAUUCCCUCGUCCAAGCAGCAUGCAAUCCUGGUGCCCAAUCAAAGCAUGGAUGAGUUCUAUUUGCCUCUUACUGCCUUUGACUAUUCAAAAGCCGCGAAGAAUGGAUUUUUCCCCUCCAAUGUGCAGUUCGAGACCCACAUGAUGGAAUUCCUGAAGCAUGGGUAUCGUUCUUCCAUUGGGAAUUGUGAAGUCCGAUUUCCUUUGGCUACUGGGGACCGGCGCAUCCGACCAUUCACGGUUGGACUGGAUGACGGAUUUGUCAAGAUCCUUCUGAUGUUCUCCAUAGUUGCUUUUACCCGGGAGUUGGAGAUUGAAAUGAAGGAUGAUGAUGGCAGUUUGAAGCGGGUGUUGGAGAGCUUCCGUUCAGUUCGGUGUUCCUACACCUUCUUUGAAAACCCUUCACAUCAUUUUUUGCAUUCCCUCAGCUACUUAGUUAUAUUUGUAAACAUUUCAACCUUUGGGUUUUUACUUUGGGAAGUAGUAAAUGUUCAUAUGUUGUGUUGGGCUUGCAACUGUUGCCAACUAAGAAACCCAAUGGGUAACAGCGGAGAAGCAAGUUCCAAGUCCCAUCAACAUCAUGGCGGACAUCAAGGAAACGAUUGCUGUGGAAAAACGGCUCAACCGCCAAGGUCGGGGUGCACUCAAGGACAUUCUUGGCAAGGUGAUUGCUGA